AUGUCCGAGUUCACCAUCAAUGACGCUGACUUUGCGAAUCUUCGAGGGCAGACAGUGGUAGUGACCGGAUCAUCAUCUGGAAUUGGCCUAGAGACGGCCAAGUUGCUCCUGGAUGUCGGGGCAUUCGUCGUUGCAGGAGAUUUGAACCCCGUUCCCAUCGAGCACGAGAAUAUCGCCUUCCGCCAAACCAAUAUCACAAUAUGGGAGGAUCUUCUGGGAUUAUUUGAACUGGCUGAGCGCAAGCAUGGGAAAGUAGACCAUGUAUUUGCAAACGCCGGGGUCGCGCCAAGGGCGCUCUUCGUGGAGGAUGAAGUCGACGAGAACGGCAAACCAGUCCCGCCAAAUUUGAGCGUUGUUGACGUGAAUCUAAAAGGGACAAUCUACACCGUUACUAUGGGCUUGCAUUUCCUCAAGAAGCAAAAGAAGGGGAGCAUCGUUGUUACUGCUUCAGCGUCAAGCUUCCAAAGGUUUGGGUGUACAGACUAUGGGGUGGCAAAGCAUGGCGCUUUGGGACUCAUCCGUGGCUUGCAUUUGAACCUCAAAGUCUUGAACCCUGCAAUUCGCAUUAAUGGCAUUGCUCCCAAUUGGACAGAGACAGGGAUUGCCACACAGCGUGUCACUGAAACGAUUGGAGCCAAACUACAAGGAACAGAUGUCCCUGCUCGAUCAACAGCGAUAUUAAUGGCAGAUGAAUCCAGGAAAGGACAGCUUAUUUUCUCGGUCCACGGGAGACAGAUUGAGAUCGAAGAAGCUCUUCUAUUGAAGUCAGUGAAUGAGGGUCUUAUUCGAGAAUAUUUACCGGACGAAGAGUUUGCGUUUGAUAAGUUGGCCGAUGUAUAUCUCUCUCGGCUUCCCAAGAAAUGGAACUGA